GGCAGCUCCCGCCCUUCAGCCCCGGCGGCGCGCGUAUGUCGGCGGGCACCUGAGCGCGGUCCGCCUCGGAGUGGAGUGCGGAGCCCCGCACGCCGGCGGAGCCCUCGGGGGGCGGAGGAUGGGGCUGGGGGCGCUGUCCCCGGGGAUGCUCCUGUGGCUGCUGGCCUCGGGGGCUGUGCUCUCCGGGGAGCUCUGGCUGUGCGCCGGCCGCGACUGCGACUACCCUUCGGAGGGCAGCCCGGAGGACAGCGCGGAGACCAUCGACUACAAGGACCCGUGCAAGGCCGCUGUGUUUUGGGGUGAUAUUGCCUUAGAUGAUGAAGACUUAAAUAUCUUUCAAAUUGAUAGGACAAUUGACCUUACACAGAACCCCUUUGGAAACCUUGGACAUACCACAGGUGGAUUUGGAGACCAUGGUAUGUCAAAGAAACGAGGAGCUCUCUACCAACUUAUAGAAAGGAUAAGAAGAAUUGGCUCUGGCUUGCGACAAAACAACACAGUUAAGGGCAAAGUACCUCUAAAAUUCUCAGGGCAAAGUGAGAAAAACCGAGUUCCUAGAGCUGCUACAUCAAGAACUGAAAGAAUAUGGCCUGGAGGCGUCAUCCCUUAUGUUAUUGGAGGCAACUUCACUGGCAGCCAGCGAGCCAUGUUCAAGCAGGCCAUGAGGCACUGGGAAAAGCACACGUGCGUGACCUUCAUCGAAAGGAGCGACGAGGAGAGUUACAUUGUCUUCACGUACAGGCCUUGUGGAUGCUGUUCCUAUGUAGGUCGGCGGGGAAAUGGACCUCAGGCAAUCUCUAUUGGCAAGAAUUGUGAUAAAUUUGGAAUUGUUGUUCAUGAAUUAGGUCACGUGAUAGGCUUUUGGCAUGAACACACACGACCAGACCGAGAUAACCACGUGACCAUCAUAAGGGAAAACAUCCAACCAGGUCAAGAGUACAACUUUCUGAAGAUGGAACCCGGGGAAGUGAACUCCCUUGGAGAGGGCUAUGACUUUGACAGCAUCAUGCACUACGCCAGGAACACCUUCUCAAGGGGGAUGUUUCUGGAUACUAUACUCCCCUCCCGUGAUGACAAUGGCAUACGUCCAGCAAUUGGGCAGCGGACUCACUUAAGCAAAGGAGAUAUUGCACAGGCAAGAAAGCUGUAUAGAUGUCCAGCAUGUGGAGAGACCCUACAGGAAUCCAACGGCAACCUUUCCUCCCCAGGAUUCCCAAACGGCUACCCUUCCUACACACACUGCAUUUGGAGAGUGUCUGUGACCCCAGGGGAGAAGAUUGUUUUAAAUUUCACCACGAUGGACCUGUACAAAAGCAGCUUGUGCUGGUACGACUACAUCGAAGUGAGGGACGGUCACUGGAGGAAGUCGCCCCUCCUGGGUAGAUUCUGUGGGGACAAAUUGCCUGAAGCUCUUACCUCCACAGACAGCAGAAUGUGGAUUGAGUUUCGUAGCAGCAGCAACUGGGUGGGAAAAGGCUUUGCAGCUGUCUAUGAAGCAAUCUGUGGAGGUGAGAUACGUAAAAAUGAAGGACAGAUCCAGUCUCCCAAUUAUCCCGAUGACUACAGGCCAAUGAAAGAGUGUGUGUGGCAGAUAACAGUGUCUGAGGACUACCACGUGGGUUUGACCUUUCAGGCCUUUGAGAUUGAAAGGCAUGACAACUGUGCGUACGACUUCCUUGAGGUUCGAGACGGAAGCAGUGAGCACAGCCCUUUAGUGGGGCGUUUCUGCGGCUAUGAUAAGCCUGAAGAUGUCACAUCAACCUCCAAUACCUUGUGGAUGAAGUUUGUUUCUGAUGGAACUGUGAACAAGGCAGGAUUCGCUGCCAACUUCUUUAAAGAGGAAGACGAGUGUGCCAAACCCGACCGUGGGGGCUGUGAGCAGCGGUGUCUGAACACACUGGGCAGCUACACAUGCGCGUGCGAGCCGGGCUAUGAGCUGGGCCCCGACAGGAGGAGCUGCGAAGCGGCUUGUGGUGGACUUCUCAGCAAGCUCAAUGGCACCAUCACCAGCCCAGGCUGGCCCAGGGAGUACCCUCCGAACAAAAACUGCGUGUGGCAGGUGGUCGCGCCAACCCAGUACAGGAUUUCUGUGCAGUUUGAGUUCUUCGAGCUGGAGGGCAACGAAGUUUGCAAAUAUGAUUAUGUGGAAAUCUGGAGCGGCCUCUCUUCUGAGUCUAAACUGCACGGCAGAUUUUGUGGAGCCGAAGUGCCCGAAGUGGUCACCUCCCAGUUCAACAAUAUGAGAAUUGAAUUCAAGUCUGACAACACCGUGUCCAAGAAGGGCUUCAAAGCCCUCUUCUUCUCAGGUAGCCGUGUCCACAUGCUGCAUGCCUUUAGUGAGUUUGAGAUUGAGCAGCAUCAAGAAUGUGCUUAUGAUCACUUGGAAGUGUUUGAUGGAGAAACGGAAAAAUCGCCAAUUCUUGGACGACUAUGUGGCAACAAAAUUCCAGAGCCCCUCGUGGCUACUGGAAAUAAAAUGUUUGUUCGUUUUGUUUCUGAUGCAUCUGUUCAAAGGAAAGGCUUUCAAGCCACACAUUCCACAGAGUGCGGCGGCCGGCUGCGAGCGGAGCCGGGGCCCAGGGACCUGUACUCGCACGCGCAGUUUGGGGACAACAACUACCCGGGGCAGGCGGACUGUGAGUGGCUGCUGGUGUCCGAGCGGGGCUCUCGCCUGGAGCUGACCUUCCAGACCUUCGAGGUGGAGGAGGAAGCUGACUGCGGCUACGACUAUGUGGAGCUCUUCGAGGGCCUGGCCCCGGCGGCCGUGGGGCUGGGUCGGUUCUGCGGAUCGGGGCCGCCAGAGGAGAUCUACUCCCUUGGAGAUGCAGUUUUAAUUCGUUUUCACACGGAUGAUACAAUCAGCAAGAAGGGAUUUCAUAUAAGAUACAAAAGCAUUAGAUAUCCAGGUACAACACAUACCAAAAAAUAACACCAAGCCUCCAUCGGAACGUAAAGAGAUGUGUAUAAUGGAGAAGAGACGUAUUUUUUUAAAUGAAGAUAUUAGCAUAAAUAUUUUAUAUAAGAAGUUUGAACAGACGAAAACUGUUAAGACCAGAGUUCUCUCUGUACUGAAAGAGAAGUUUCCUGAUCGGCUUCACCAGGAUAUUUGGACCCCAAGCUCUUUGGCAUAAAUAUAAAUAAAAUUGGUAGAAGAGCGUCACGUGCUUUAGGAAGACUGUCCAGGCUCCUGUUCACAGCUUGACAUGGAUGCCUCACAACUCAGACAGUUCAGGUCGGGGUCUGUGACCCUAAAGAGCAUUCUUUGGACUUUUUUUUCAAGAUCGGGGAGAAAUAAAAUGAUCUUGCGAGUCAUAAACUGGAAAGCCAGCUCCUUGUACCUUAGGAUGAUUGCUUUGGCUCUGUUUCUUAACCACGGUGUAAACCAGUUCUGUAUAAGACGUUGUGAAUGGGCGUGUUUUCCAGGUGGUUUGUACUUUCAGUGUGUGUGUGUCUGAUGUUUGGAAACUGGAACACUUCAGCUUCAUUAUUUUCACUUGCAGGCCAGAUUAACCUCCUUGAAACACGAGUGACCUUGAUGCCACUACAUUGAGUUAAUUUUCACAAGUCUGGAAAGUCAGUGGUGUCUACUAUGGCAACAGAAUUCUCGACAUGGUGCAUUUAACUGCUGGAAAGUGCCCAGUUGACUGGGAAACUCAGUUCUUUCAGAAAAAGUGCUGCUUUUCACACCAAACCCAAGAGGCCUUGUGCUAUCUUAGGAACCUUGAGAGAGAGCUCCCAGCAGUGUGAAAGGACUCUCCUCCCAACUGCCUGGACGGCUCCUGUCAAGCCACCCGUUCCGCAGUCGUCUUCCUCUUGUCGUUCUUCUAUUGUAGUUGUUAUUGCUGAUGAUGUCAUGGUUCAUGUUGUAUUUAAAAACAAUGCAAUGAAAUGAAGCAGAGGUAGGCCUUGGAAGCAUUGAGAGAUCUCUAUUAUUAGUGUAAAAAAAUGCAGUGUUUGGAAAAAUGGAUCUGUUUCUGAAGGACUUUUCUAUGGUGCUAUUCCAUACAUCUUUUUUAAAUGAAGUUUUUGACCUUUGAGCCAAACACCUGUAGACUCUGAAUGUAUCCCCUUGUCUGGCUGGUGGCAUUUAAAGACUUGUUAAAUAUAUCAAGAGUAGAUCAUGGCAAAGGGUAGCACUUGUCCUGUAGAACCACUACUUUUAACGCCUUAGAAUUCCUGCACAUGAUCGAACAGACCCUCCAGGCACACUCUCUGAAAUGUGGUGCAUGGUUGUGCAUGUUAAUAACAACUCUGUGAGGAAUAUCUGUUUCUGCAACUGAGAACAUUGGGGAUAAAUACGGUAACCUGCUUUUGUGGUAGAAAAUGAAUUUCCUGCUUUAAAGCCCUAUGUUUUUUUAGUAAUAAUGUAUGUACAUGUGAGAUCGUUUGAGUGCGUGAAGCUGCAAGAGGCUGAAAAAUGGUGGGUUGUUGAAAAGCUAAUGUGCCAAGUUCUGCUAGAAUUCUGUCUGAAGUAGCACCUUUCUUAGGAAGUUUUAUCAGCAAAUAAUGGGAACUUCUCGUUAUUAUUGACCCCAUUUAAAAGAAGUCUCUUUCCUUUACAGAAACUCUUUUGAUAUUUCCUGGUUUUCAUGGCAUUUAUUUUAUGAAGUGGCUUUGUUUCUGUUACCUGUCCAUGAACAUUCAACAUUUAGGGAAAUUAGGUAUUCUUCCUCAUUUUUACAAAAUUAAACUAUACACACAGAUGUAGCUUUUUUUUUUUAUUGCCUUCCUGAAAAAUCUUUUAUUGCAUAUGAAUUAUAAUAUGUAAAUACUUGUUGUAGAACCAAUCCUUGGAUCUUACUGAAUGUUACUUUGGAAUUAUAUCAACUGAUGCCUGCAGGAUAAUGAGAUUUUUAGUGGAGCUGAUUUAUUCCAGUGACUUCUAUACUUUUUCACUUAUCUGCAAUUAGACAGAAUAUAUCAGGAAUGGGAAAGAGAGGAAAAAAACCCAUCACAUGCUUAGUGUAUAUACUGUGCCUAGCCCACUGCUGGGCACACGGCACUAGCUCUUUUUGAACUCUGUGCUCCCCUGUAGAGCUGCGGUGAUGUUCAGUUCUGUCGCUGAACUGAGAGAGAAGAUCUGUAACAUUCCAGGGUCUCCGUGUGAAGCUAGAUGUUGAAACCCAGCUUGCCCUAGUGAACAACCUGUGCUUGUCCUACAAAAUGUAAUAGAAUCAACUUGACAUAAAUAAAUAGUAGAUUUUUUUAUGGUGAGACUUUUCAACAUACAGUAAAAUUUAGGUAUAAAUUACAGUGAAACUUUCAGGGUAAGCAUUGAUCCUUUCAGAAAGCAGGAGAAUUCGAAUAUUGACUUUAGAUAUCUUUAAGAACCACAGUUACUACUAGAAAUUAUAAAAACAAAAAACUACUCUGGAAUUGGGAGUUACUAACCAUGGGCCUUUUGUUAAAAUAAGCACAUCAAUUUACUCUGUGUGGCAGUCGAAAUGCAGUGUUGCGCUUGCAAAAUAUUCUGACUGUUCCUGUUGGCAUCUGAGGCUGCAGUGAGCUGUGUUCUACACAACUGGACAUUAGAGCAAAGGGCUGUUUAGAGGCAUUUAGGGUGUUGUAACUCUAGGUCUUCCACGCAAACAUUAAUUUUUAUUGUUAUGUAAGAUAUCAGUUCACUGCGUAUUAUUUUUAUAUUGAACUUUGCUUAAAUGUGUUGUUAAAUGCAAAUACAGACAGCUUCAUUGUUAUUUUGUUAAUAAUUGUUAGUUACUGUUCUAGGCAUUUUAUUAAAUUAAUUUUGUAAAUUAUUUCCACCCCUACAUCAGGAUAUUGGUUGUGUUCUCUACUCACCCAGUUCUAACUCCCACACAAUCUUCACUGACUAUACAAAGGUAAAAAGUGCUCCCAUCUUAGGUGAUUUUAUUAAAUUAUUUUUAAAAGUCAAUUUCGAAUAUUAAUCUGGUUUAUAGAAGCAAUCAUGACUUAGCUGCACAAAACAUUUUUUAAAUAUAUGAGCAACAACAGUUAUAUUUCCAAUGCCCCUUGCCUGUAUUGGCUAGACUUUUGUCAUCUAGGCCUAAUUUUAAUAUAUGAAAAUAUCAGAUUCAAAUUCUGUCCAAUUUUUUUUAACAUGUUAGUCUCUUUGGUUUCUAUUAAUAUUGUAUUUUGGAUAAUAAACCUCAAAUAUGAAAUUUUGUUCUCCCAUAUAGAGCAUCUCUAAGAGCAUCUAAUGACUAAUUAUUAUUUUUCAUAAAGGUAAAAGUUAUUUUUUUAGAAGUGAACUACAGUCAUUUUUGACACUAAAAAUAACAUUUACUUAAAAUAUCAAAACAUUUGGUAAUUUUGUUUAGUGAUAAUAAGACUUGCUUUUUGGAAAACAUUUAAUACCACUUGUCAAAACUGGCAUGGGAAAAGGAAAACAGAAAAAAUAGUUACCUCCUGAAGAUUUAUAACUUUGAUUGCAGAAACAUCUUCUGUUGCACAAGAAAAAAAAAUAUGUAAAAUAAGCUUAUUCAAAAAGAAAAAAGCUGGUCUGUGAAUGUAUCGAAUCAUUUUAUACGUCAGUGCACAGUCAAUGGUUGCCAAUGAAUGGUUAGCGUUAGUCUUUAGUGUUACUGUUAUAAAAUGAAGUUUUGUCAUUAGCUUAAGAAACUAUUGAUGGAUGAGUGAAUCGGACAUAUUGUAGGUAUAAAUAUUAAUCUCCAAAUGUUCCUUUGACACCUUCUUUUUCCAUUCUCCAGUCUUUACCCCACCCACCAUUCCUCACCCCUGAAUCCGGGCUUGCCCUGUACCCGCAGCUUGCACCUGCUGCCCAGCCCUGCACCAUGCCAUGGUCCUAACAAGAUUGUGGGGCACUGAGCACAUCUCACUCUAUAUAAUCUCCCUCCCAUCCAACAUUUUAGAUAAGAAUCAGUAGAAUAAAUAAUAGUCUCUAACUUUAGAAGACUUAUAGGUGGAAAUGUAUGUGCAGUAAAGCAGAUGAAGAGGGGAGACUAGGAAUGUGCAGCUUGUGCCGCAGAGACAAGGUCCUGGCAGCUGGGCAUACUGCUCUUUCUGCCCAAGUGUAGGUGUUGAAAAUAAGGAGAGAACUUGUGUUUUAUGUGCUGUGUCUACAUGAAUACAAGCUAAGGGCUUCACCAGUCUCUUUGCCCUUCCUCUGCUCCAUCUAGCUGUGUUGUCUGUACAGCUAGAAAAACUGGGUAUACGUGCAUUUCAUUAUGCCCAACUAUCACAUUCUUAGAGCAUACUUGCAUCUGAAAUAAAAAUAGCAAGCCAUGGUUAUCCAAAUCGAUUUACAAUAGUAAAACAUGCUCAGUGCUUCCAUGAUUUUGCAAAUUACAUUUUAAAAGAACAGAUCCAGUGGUGCUGCUUCUAUUAAAUAAUAUUGUAGGAUCAUUAUAUUAAUCAUAAUACUUAACUAUACAACAAAUCUAAAAACUGACAAAUUUCAUAUCUGUCAAAAGCUCUAUUAGGAAUAUUUUUAAAAGAGCAGCUACAGCAAUUUAGUUAAAAACUAUAAUUUUCCAUCAGAAAGUAAAAGUGCAUCUGCAUCUGUAUUCCCACAUGAGAUUUUUUAAGACAGAAUCAGUGAUUCACACAAAUGCUCACUGAGUGGUGAUAGGGCUGAAAUGAGGUAAGGGACUCAUUGCAAGGGAUGCUUUUAAAAUUAUUUAAAUUGGGAGAUUGCCCAGAAAGGACAGAUAGAGUGUGUGGAUUAUAGAUAAGUUUAAAUAGGAAACACCUACCCUUAAAGAAUAUUUAGUAGACAUUCUUAGAGGGCUAUGAUUAAACAUUAAACUGCAGGAACAUUUUCCACAGGGAUCUAAAUGAUUUUAUACCCCUGAAUGCCUAUGAGCUGUGCUUGAAUUUACUGGGAAAAAAAGGUUCCUUGUAAUAAGUUUUGCCAUUUUUCAAAGCAUAUUACAUAUUACCAUAUUGCAACCAUUAAGUUUACUCAUUUAUUCAUUCCACUCAUUUUUUUCUUUCAACAAAUAGUUGAUUCAUGCCUACUAAUGUGCCCAGCACUGUGCUGAGUACUAAGAAUUUAAUGAUAGAUUUUAAAAAAUCAUAAUCUAUGUUCUUGUAAGGUUAAAUUCUAGUGGGAGAAAUAAACAUUAAUUAAAAGCAAUCACAAAAAGUCAUAGGUGCAAUAUUAAACAUGCAUGUAUAUUUUACAACCAUUCUGAGGGCAUUACUCCAAAUAGUAUGGUUUAUAUUUUGAGACAAACAUUACCAUAUGCAUCCUUUCCUUAUCUUUUCUUUUCUCUGUCUUCUUGCAUUUGUGCUUUUU